CUCCAACCAAACACGGUCAAAGACAGACUGUCAAUCGAAUUAUCAACUAUCGCAACCCCAGGCUGUCACAAUUACCAUACUCUUUGUGUCUCACAUUUGAACCCGUCUAUCCACCGACAAAGACCUGGUCCGUUCAACUCGAUUCUUCAGAUCACUCAUAGCAAUUCACACCGGUCUUCGCAUCCCUCCUAAUCUCAUCCCCAUUUCCUCACUCACCGCCACCAUGAAGAUCUUCUACAUUGGAAUUCUCCGAAAUGACCCAGUUCCCGCGAUUGAGCUGGCUGUGGAACAAGACCUAUCCUCAUUCUCACGGUUCACCAGACAGAGCUACAGCGAAUUCAUGACCAUGUUCGCCAAAACCGUGGCGGAGAGAACACGAGCCGGCGUACGACAAGACAUUGAAGAGCGACAACACACGUUCCACGCCUAUGGAUCAUCACAGGGAAUUGCAGGCAUCAUUAUUUCGGACGCCGAAUACCCCGCCUUAGUUGCUCAUCAACUCCUUUCGAAGAUUGUCGACGAAUUCACAUCCCAGAACCCUCGAUCCUCGUACGCUCCACCGAGUACCUCGCCAAAGCCGUUUCCGCAGUUGAAGGAAUAUUUGACGAAAUAUCAAGAUCCAAAUCAGGCGGAUAGUAUCAUGAAGGUGCAGAGGGAGUUGGAUGAGACGAAGAUUGUGUUGCAUAAGACGAUUGAAAGUGUUUUGGAGAGAGGCGAGAAGAUUGAUUCGUUGGUGGCCAAGUCGGACGGUUUGAGUGCGCAAAGUAAAAUGUUUUAUAACCAGGCGAAGAAACAGAAUUCAUGUUGUGUGUUGAUGUGAGGGGAGAAACUGGAGAUGAAUGGGGGAGUAUCUUCCUGGAGAGAAUCAAUGUGUUGUGUUUUUGGUGGAAGCAGGCGUGUUGGGAAUGAAAUGGGACAGCACAGGACAGGACAGGCUAGGACGAGAGUUGAAAGGUGAAGAAUGAAUACAUAGGGCAACAAUAAAGAUUGGAAUUACAAGACACAGGACUCGAGACAUCCAUGAUAUGAUUAUCAUUUA